ACCUGUCCACUCUCCGGCCUGCCUCUGUGUUCUACAGCAGCUACACACACACAGUGGUAUCUGUGAGCAGCUCUGUGGACUCAAAGGUUUUCUCCCUGAGAGGCAUAACCCAGGCCAGCUGAUUCUUCAGAAUCAGGAAACUGGGCAUCUCUGUGGUCCCUGAGCAUCCCAGGAGGCCGAUUGUACAGAGACCUCUGGUCCCUGACCCCAGUCUGCCUCCACAUCCCUGGAAUAGCCCAUCAUGGGCCCUUCAACCUUGGCAGGUGGACACCAUUCAACCUGCUGGGGCAGGAUGGACAUGGUAGAGGAUGCGGAUACUUUGCAGAAGCGAGAGGACAUCAUUAUGAAGUAUGAGAAUGUACAGGGACACCGAGCUGGGCUUCCAGCAGACAUGGGGCCUAAGCCUGUUGGAAUCUACAGCAGCACUUAUCACUUUGGGAUUCUGCAGUCGGGCCAACCUCCUUUCCAGGAUCAGAACUCCUCCCUGGCUCCCCUGCAGGUCCAGCCUGAGGUCGUUGUUAGGCCAGAGGUGUGGGGCCCAUCUAUGCAGCGGCUAAUUGAUCGAGUGUAUAAGGGCAUUCCCAUGAACAUCCAGGGCCAGGUGUGGUCAGUCCUCCUGAACAUUCAGGAAAUCAAGACGAAAAACCCCAGAAAAUACCAGGUCAUGAAGGAGAAGAGCAAGAGAUCCUCUGAACACAUCCACCAGAUCUACCUGAACAUGAGCUGGACACUAGGGAACCACAUCUUCUUCAGGGAUCGACAUGGAGUCAAGUAAGCCAAUGGGAGCCACAGGGUGCCAGCAGAGAUGGGGUGAACCAGAGGGAUGGGGACUUCCCCUGAGCAGAAUCCAGGGUCACCCAGGGGGACGACACAGCUGCCAAGGGCUCUCCUGGCCCAGGGAGCAGCCGGCACCAUGGACGGAGCACCUCCCAGGUUCCAAGCCCUGUGCCAGGCUGGAACAUGUGGGGCCAGAACCCAGGAGGAUCCUGCGGAGACAGAAGGCAGCAAAGAAAAUCGUGCACAAUGGUGAAAGGUGCUCUCCCUGACCCACAGGGACCCAUGGUAGGACCCACAGGAGGGUGGCAGGAAGGAGGGCCCAUGAGCCUCCCCAGGCGAUACUGACAGCACCAAAUGCUGGGGGGAUUCAGUUUCCUGGAAACUAUCAUCCAGGUCUGCUGGGAACAUGACAUGGCACAGCCACUUUGGCAGCUGGUUGGGCAGUGGCUCACAAAGCUCAAUGGACUUGAACUCCACAUCCCCAAAGUGUCACAGUUAUUGAACCCACUGAUUUGAAAACUGACAUCCACAUGAAACCUGCAUGCCACGUUCACUGCUUGAUUCAUCAUCACUCAUACAUGGAGCCUUCGGGAAUGACCUUCAACACGGGAAUGUGGAGAGGAAGGCUGGUCCUCCCUAAAAUGGUAGAAGACUCAGUGAGAAAAGGGAAUGAGCCAGUGAUGCCCGCACAAACUUGGGUGGAUCCUAGAUGCCUUUUGCUAAGGGAAAGAAGCCAGAGUCAACAAGAUACUGCUGUAGGAUUCCAAACAUAGGCCAUUCUGGACAAGGCCAAACCAUAGGACUGAGAACCAGUCUGAGUGGCCAGGGACUGACGGAUCAGGGAGAAGCUGGCUGCAUAGAGGCCACCCUGGAGACUUGGAGGAUGAAGGAGUCACUCCAGGAGGGGCUGGAGCAGUGGCCAGAAGAUUCUGCACAUUGGUAUAGAACCAUGGAAGAACUGUACACCCAAAGACUGAACUGGCAUGCGUGCACACCAAAAAAAAAAAACAAAAAAAACACACAAAAAUCAGAGCAAAAAUGAUCAGUCAACUCACUGUACAACUGGGC